CCAGGAGUCGAAUUCUGCGAGCUUUGUUUUGGUUCUUCGUCGUCGUUUUGUUCCCCGUUUGAGAGGAAAUAAUCCGCCUCCGUGGUCGCAACCCGAGUUCCUGAUCUUGGCAGCCCAAAAUCGUUCGAUCCGGUACCGGUGAUUCUUUGCUCUCCGUCGCCGUGAUUAUUCCGUCGAGUUGUACCGGCCACACAGUUUCCGAGACCUUUUAGUUUGUUCAGUUCUUAUCACUUCCGGACGACGACACGAGAGUGAUCUCGGAAAUGGCUCUUUCGUUGUGCAGAACACAAAUUCUGAACCGAGCUAGUCGGCGGCUGAGUGGCAGAAUAUUGGCCUGGGAAAUUUCUAAGGUACUCGCCUGCCAAUAUUCGACGCAAAAGCGCAGCAAAGUUUAUGGCAGCGCGGACGAGGCGAUCGCCGACAUUCCCGAUGGCGCCAAGCUGUUGGUCGGCGGUUUCGGAUUAUGCGGUAUCCCCGAAAACUUGAUUGCCGCCCUCGUGAAGAAGGGCACGAAGAACCUGACCGUCGUGUCCAAUAAUGCCGGAGUUGAUACUUUCGGACUUGGGUUGCUGCUAAAGGAAAAGGCGAUCAAGCGUAUGAUCGCUUCGUACGUUGGCGAGAAUGCCGAGUUUGAGCGCCAGUACCUGUCCGGUGAGCUGGAGUUGGAACUAACGCCCCAGGGCACGCUAGCGGAAAGGAUUCGCGCUGGCGGUGCCGGCAUUCCUGCCUUCUUCACGCCCACAGCCUACGGAACGCUCGUACACGAGGGUGGCUCUCCGAUCAAGUACGGCGCCGGCGGUACAAUCGAGAUCGCGAGCGAACCCCGCCAGAUGCAGCUGUUCAACGGCAAACCGUACAUCAUGGAGGAAGCAAUCACGGGAGACUUCGCGCUGAUUAAGGCCCACAUCGCCGACGAGGCUGGUAAUCUGAUUUUCAACAAAUCGGCCCGUAACUUCAACCCUCCGAUGUGCAAAGCGGCUAAAGUGACGAUCGUAGAGGUGGAACAGAUCGUCCCUGUCGGCGAGCUAGAUCCGGAUCAAGUGCACAUGCCGAGCGUGUUCGUGCAUCGCAUCAUCAAGGGACCCGCGUUCGAGAAGCGCAUCGAACGGUUACGAGUGCGGGAUGCGAAAAAGACGAGCUCGGUCGUUUCCUCGACACCGGCCGCUAAGAUGCGCGAACGCAUUGUAAAGCGUGUCGCAAUGGAAUAUCGGGACGGUAUGCAUAUUAACCUUGGCAUCGGUAUACCGGUACUGUCGUCGAACUUCAUCCCGGAGGGUAUGAACGUGCUGCUCCAGUCGGAGAACGGUAUUCUCGGUCUCGGUCCAUUCCCAGAGAAGCACGAGGUCGACCCGGAUUUGAUUAAUGCUGGCAAGGAGACCGUCACCGUGCUUCCCGGGUCUUCCUACUUUUCAUCCGACGACAGCUUCGCCAUGAUUCGCGGAGGACACAUCGAUAUUACUGUGCUUGGUGCGAUGGAGGUGUCACAGUACGGCGACCUGGCCAACUGGAUGAUUCCGGGCAAACUGGUGAAAGGUAUGGGUGGAGCGAUGGAUCUAGUAGCCGCCCCCGGUACCAAGGUGAUCGUCACGAUGGAGCACAAUGCCAAGGAUGGUUCGCACAAAAUUCUGACCAACUGCAAUCUACCCGUAACGGGGCGGAACUGUGUUGACAUGAUCGUCACCGAGAAGGCUGUCUUCAACGUGGACAAAGAGCAAGGACUUACGCUGAUGGAGUUGGCCGAGGACUGUACUGUCGAGGAGGUCAUCACUAGCACUGGCUGCGAUUUUUCCGUAUCGCCGGACCUUAAGAAGAUGGGUCAGGUGGGCGAUGCGUGAUUAUGAAAAUGCGACCGCGAUCGUCCUGGAAUCGGGACGAACUUUUAUGUUCCCCAGAGCUGAAGGAGAUGGGAAUGGCAUUUAAUCCGGUGGCAAGGAAAGGUGUGCCAUGGAAAGGAGAAUGGAGCUUGUUGAAUUGUUUCCCCUUUUUUUAAUCCCUUUUUCCAACCCCGUUAAUGGUUGAGGACGUUCUAAGAACACAACACACACGAUAAACGAUAAGGAUUUGUCUGUGUGUUAACAGAAAAUCUAGAUUAAGUUCGGUCGCAUUAUGUGACGAUAAACGAAAUGAAAUAAACGAAAAUACGUAUCAAUGGAA